GUCCGAAGCCAGAAGCGGCGAGUUCAAUUCCAGGAGCCAGCCGUUAAAUAACAACAAACUUUAUCAGCAACGAACUCACAUAAUGUGGCGUUGGUUUUUAUAGAUACAUAUUUAUAGGCUCUGCUGUGACUGUGACUGUGUUUUGACGUGUCUGGAUGAUUUUGCGUCAUGAUUUCGCUCGCUCGCUAACUUUAGCAAAUCUGCUAACGGUAAACAUAUGAGACGUUAACUAGUUUGGGGAUUUGUUAACAAAUUCCCACAGACAGUAUUUCACCCUAAAAAGGCUAGCAUGGUUGUUUUCGGUGUUAAUGGCACAAGGUGACAAGACAAGACAGUGGCAGACUUGUUGGUUAAUUGUUACCCAGCCAACCGACGUCAGCCUGGCGUCGUUAUGGCUGAGCUGAGUCUGAUUGACAAGAAUAUAACGAGUUUGCUGGAAGUCCCCUUGCGUCCUGUUGUAAAAUCGCUCAAUCUGCACUGCAACCGCAUCCCGAGGAUAGAAGGCCUGACCUCAGCUUGGCGUCUGCGACACUUAGACCUAUCGUCCAAUUGCAUCUCUAGGAUUGAGGGUCUUAGUUCUCUGUCGUCCCUGAGGACCUUAAAUUUAUCCUGCAACUCAUUAACCAAAGUUGAAGGACUGAAUGGCCUCGUGAACCUAACAAGAGUAAACCUGUCCUACAAUCAGAUAAACAGCCUUACUGGCUUGCUGUACCUACAUGGUAGGGACUACAAACUGAAGCACCUUAGUCUUCAUAGCAAUCGCCUGGAUAACAUCAACCACCUGCUGCAGUGCAUGUUGGGACUUCAGAGUUUGAGAGAGGUCACUUUGAGCCAGGAUGGUACAGACAAUCCUGUCUGUAGUUUACCAGGUUACAGGGAGACUGUAAUGCAGUCGUUAACACAGAUCUCUGUUCUGGAUGGCUUGGACCGGCUGGGACAUCCAGCACCAGGAGGACAGGACAGCCCUGGUGACAUCCCCGGUUUGGAGGAAUAUGUGGACUUCCUGCUCCUCUCAGACAGCAGUGAAGUGGCUAGAGGGGAUGGUCAUCUCUCCACUCCCCACAUAGAUGAGAUGCUGACCCAGUUUCAUCAGAGGAUCAGCUCAGAAGAAAUCACAGAUCCAAUCUCGCGUCCAGAAAGUCAAAGCUUCCAGGCGGGGCAGCCCACUGUGGCUGAUCCAUCACAACCUGCUAAUGAACAACGCAUCAGGAAACUGGAACACCAGGUGUCCCAGCUGUUCCAGCAGGGCCCUGCAGGUGACGUCUCCAGUAGCUCCACUCCCACAGUAGUGACGAUACGGAAGGCCAAGAGGGACACAGACCUCACAUCAGAGAGUGAAUGUGACAGUGGGAAGGAAAACAGGAGGCGCACCAGGAUCCCAGUGCAUCGUAGCAACACCCCUACAGUGAGGAGAACCAGCAAGGAGUCCAAGGCCAGAAGAUCAGACAGCGAUCAGGAGAAUCAUAAACAGAGGAGUUCCAAAAGUGCUGUGGGGCCCAGGAGGAAAGGGGAGGGCCCGGGGCGUUUAGCCACAGUGGGGCCAGCAAGGAGGAGUCCCUUGAAAGCUGCCAAGGCCUCAGGGGAGAGGAGCACCAAGUCCACUGUGGAGGAGGAAACCUACAGGACAAUCGUGGAGGAGCGUGACCAGGAGAGGGAGAGGCGUUGGAAAGCUGAGCAGGCUGUGAGGAAGCUAACAGAGCAGCUGAAAUGCCUGCAGACAAAAGCCAGUGAGGAAAAAGACUUGCAGAGCAUGGCCCUUCACACCACAGACAGACUGAAAGAGUUGUUAUUAAAGGAGCGAUCAGGGCGGUCUGACCUGCAGGGCCGCAUUGAGGAGCUGGAGGCGAGGUGCCAGUCCCUGCUCCAGCAGCUAGAGCAGGCCCGCAACAGUGAAGAACAGCACAGGAGUGCGGUGCGCAGCCUGGAGGACAGCAUCUCCCAUGGAGAGGCACUCAGGGCUCGCCAGCAGGCCGAGGAGGUGCCUAGUUUGAUGAAGCGACACCAGGAGCUGGAGAACAGGGCAGCAGCUCUGAAGAGAGAGGUGGACAUACAGAGAGCCUCAGUGCGCCAGCACAAAGACAAGCUGCAGCAGCUGCAUGAACUACUGGCAUCCAGGGAGCAGGAGCACAGGAAAGAACUGAACUUGCGGCUGGUGCCCGGUGGAGCAGAUUUCCGUGAGGCGGUGGCGAAAGAGGUGGCAUCAAUGGAGCAGAGAUACGCUCAGAAGGUGGCAGAGCAGGAGGAGAAACUGGCAGAGGGCAGGAAGCAGUAUGCCGCCCUGGAGGACGAGUUCCGCAUGGCACUAACCAUUGAGGCUGCUCGCUUCUCUGAGGUGAAGGACGUGUGUGAUCAUCUGGGUGCAGAGCUGUCGGAGCUCAAAGCUGCCCUUGCCCAGUCCCAACAGAGGGAGAAAAAAUCAGGCUCCCUGGUGCAGGAGCUCACAGCCAUGGUCAAAGAGCAGAAGAACCGCAUCUCUGAACUUAUCAAAGCCAAAAAAGAUGCUGUCACUGAUCUAAAGGGCCGUCUGCACUCCCUGGAAGCAGAGGCAGACAGGGAUCGGCGUCUCAGCCUGCAGCUGGAGCUGCUGAAGAAGGACAAAGCACGACUACUGUCCCAGCUCACAGCCCAGGAGUCGGUAAUAGACGGCCUUAGGGCAGAGAGGAGGAUCUGGGGCCAGGAGCUGGCUCAGCAAGGAGUGUCUUUAGCUCAAGACCGUGGUCGUCUUGAGGCCAGGAUCGAGGUACUGGGCACUGAGCUGGAGACACAGAAGAAACAGAAUGAAAAGGACAACGAUGCCCUCAAAAUCAAAGCCAAAAUCAUUGAUGACCAGACAGAGACCAUCCGCAGACUCAAAGAGACCUUGCAAGAGCGUGACGAGCAGAUCCGAAGGCUGCGUGAGGAGGCCGCUCAGGCCCAGAAGAGGUUCCAGCAACAGCUGGAUGAGGAGACGGCCCCGCUGGCUGACCUCCGGGAGCAGCUGGAGCAGCUCAGCCUGCGCAAAGAGGAGUUGAAACAGCAGCUGGAGGACAAAGAUGUGGAGCUUGAUGACAUCAAGAGAGUUUACAGUGCUUCCAGUAAGAAGUGGCAGGAGAAGGCAGACUUGCUGACUCGGCUGGAGGGCCAGGUGAAGCGCAUGAAGGAGAACUUUGACUCUAAGGAACACAUGCUGCUGGAGGAAAGAGAAAAAGCAACAGAAGCUCACAAAGCUGCAGUAGAGAAGUUGCACUGUGUGGACGAUGCAUUUCGGCGACAGCUUGAGUCUGUCCAAGCCGUCCAUCAAGCUGAGCUUCUGCGACUGGCCAAUGAUAAACAGAAACAGAUUGAACAGGCAAAUCAGAGGGUAUAUCAAGUGGAGGAGGAAAUGCGUCAGCUACUGGAGGAAACAGAAACUAACAAGAGAAUCAUGGAAGAGAAAAUGAAACGUCUCACCAGUGUGCUGAAAGACUUUUAGAACUUGUUUGCCACUGUUGAAGGCCCACAGUUUAAUCUGUAAUGUAUUUUUAUGCUGCAGAAUUGGAUUACUUAAAGGCAGACUAUGCAGUUAUGAUGUGGUUAAAAAUGGUGAAUGCCACUCACUUCACUUCAAGAUUAUAACCGCCUCAGGAGUUCAGCACAACUCCUGUAUCCCAUCAUCAUUUUGUUCUGUUGUUUAUGUUUUUAUGCACAUUUGACAUCAAAAUAUUAGGUUCAAUACAGGCAUUCAAAAGUUUUCCAUUAAUUCUGUGGAUUAUUAGUCUUGGCAUGAACCUGAAGGGUUUUAUCCUCCCUCAGCUUCAUCCUUAACAUUAGUAAACAAAGUGUUGUACCCUCCCAUUUCAAACCGUACAGUCUGUCCUUAAUAACCUGCCUUUAAUAUGGUUGAAUGAAAAAUCAAUUUCUCAUCCUUUUGUAAAAUAAUUUGGAGUUAUUUUGGUGUAUUUUAUCAUAUUAUUUAUCCAAUAAAAUC